AUGGCACAGAUCAUAACAUUUUUUCAGAUGCUAUUAAUUCUGCUACUUCAUGAUUACAUCUCAGCUGAAGAUGGGGAGACAAGAGCAAGUUGCAGAACCGCUCCGGCAGAUUUAGUUUUUAUCUUAGAUGGCUCUUACAGCGUUGGCCCAGAAAACUUUGAAAUAAUCAAAAGCUGGCUUGUCAAUAUUACAAGAAAUUUUGACAUAGGGCCAAAGUUUAUUCAAGUUGGAGUUGUCCAGUACAGCGAUUACCCUGUACUUGAAAUUCCCCUCGGAACUCAUGAAUCCACUGAGAACCUCAUCAGGGAAAUGGAGUCCAUACACUAUUUGGGAGGAAAUACAAAAACAGGAAGAGCUAUUCAGUUUGCCUUUGACCAUCUUUUUGCAAAAUCUUCAAGAUUUUUAGCAAAAAUAGCAGUUGUUCUCACUGAUGGAAAGUCCCAAGAUGAAGUCAAAGACAUAGCAGCAGAAGCAAGGAAAAAUAAAAUCACUUUGUUUGCUAUUGGUGUUGGCUCAGAAAUUGAGGAGGAUGAACUUAAAGCUAUUGCCAACAAGCCUUCAUCAACUUACGUAUUUUAUGUUGAAGAUUAUAUUGCAAUAUCAAGAAUUAAAGAAGUUAUAAAGCAGAAACUUUGUGAAGAAUCUGUUUGUCCAACCAGAAUUCCAGUGGCAGCUCGAGACGAAAAAGGAUUUGACAUUCUUGUAGGAUUAGGUGUGAAGAAAAAGGUUAAAAAGAGAAUUCAAAUACCAACCACUAAUGCAAAAGCUUAUGAAGUAACCUCACGUGUUGACCUGUCAGAAUUGACAAGGAAUGUGUUUCCAGAAGGUCUGCCUCCGUCCUAUGUGUUUGUUUCCACUCAAAGAUUUAAAGUAAAAAAGACAUGGGAUUUGUGGAGAAUUCUAAGUCUGGAUAAGAGACCACAGAUAGCGGUCACUAUUAAUGGAGAAGAGAAAACAUUAUCAUUCACUACAACAAGUUUAAUAAAUGGGACACAAGUUACUACUUUUGCUGCACCUCGUGUAAAGACAUUGUUUGAUGAAGGCUGGCAUCAAAUUCGUCUCUUAGUAACAGAAGACUUUGUAACUUUGUAUAUAGAUGACCAGGAAAUUGAAACGAAGCCAUUACAUCCUGUUUUAGGUAUUUACAUCAGCGGCCUAACCCAAAUAGGAAAGUAUUCUGGAAAGGAGGAAACUGUACAGUUUGAUAUACAAAAACUGCGAAUCUACUGUGACCCAGAGCAAAAUAAUCGAGAAACAGUCUGUGAGAUCCCGGGAUUUAACGGAGAGUGCAUGAAUGGUCCUAGUGAUGUAGGCUCAACGCCUGCCCCCUGCAUAUGCCCACCAGGAAAACAAGGACCUCCAGGCCCCAAAGGUGACCCUGGGCAGCCUGGGAAUCAUGGUUAUCCUGGUCAGCCUGGUCCAGAUGGUAAGCCUGGACCACGUGGCUUACCAGGUAUCAAGGGAGAACCGGGAAAAGAUGGGGCUAAGGGUGACCGUGGACUACCUGGUUUUCCUGGAUUACAUGGGAUGCCAGCACCAAAGGGAGAAAGGGGUCUUAAAGGAGAUCAAGGAGUGCCAGGAGUAUAUGGAAAAAAGGGUUCAAAAGGAGAGAGAGGCGAUACGGGGUUUCCAGAAAUGCCUGGGCGAUCUGGAGACCCUGGCAGAAGUGGGAAAGAUGGAUUACCGGGAAGUCCUGGUUUCAAGGGAGAAGUUGGACAGCCUGGAUCUCCAGGCCUAGAAGGACAUAGGGGAGAGCCUGGAAUUCCUGGAAUCCCUGGAAAUCAAGGAGCAAAAGGACAAAAGGGUGAAAUUGGGCCACCGGGUCAACCAGGAGCAAAAGGGUCACCAGGGGAUACUGGUUUGAUGGGACCAGAAGGCUCAUUUGGUCUACCUGGAGCUCCUGGGCCUAAGGGUGAUAAAGGCGAACCUGGAAUACAGGGGAAACCAGGAUCAUCAGGAGCCAAGGGAGAACUAGGAUUACCAGGUGCUCCAGGUGAACCAGGCUACCCAGGUAUUCCUGGUACCCAGGGUAUAAAGGGGGACAAAGGAAACCAAGGUGAAAGUGGUAUCCAGGGACUGAAAGGAGAAAAAGGAAGACAAGGAAAUCCAGGCUUACAGGGAGUAGAAGGAUUGAGUGGAGAACAAGGAGAGAAAGGUGAGAAAGGAGAUCCAGGCAUUCGAGGUAUCAAUGGUCAAAAAGGAGAAUCCGGUAUCCAGGGUUUGGUUGGACCUCCUGGUCUCAGAGGUCAGCCAGGAGAUAGAGGACCCCCGGGACCACCUGGAUCAGAUGGAAAACCUGCACGAGAAUUUUCAGAAGAAUUUAUUCGACAGGUGUGUUCAGAUGUACUGAGAACCCAGUUGCCUGCCAUCCUCCAGAGUGGAAGGCUACAAAACUGUAACCACUGUCAAUCCCAAAGCACUUCCCCGGGACUUCCAGGACCACCAGGCCCAAGGGGCCCUGAAGGCCCAAGAGGGUUUCCUGGUUUACCAGGAAACGAUGGUAUUCCGGGGCUGACAGGCAUCCCGGGUCGCCCUGGGGCUCGUGGGACAAGAGGACUGCCAGGGAAAAAUGGCGCAAAAGGCAAUCAAGGAAUUGGGGUUCCUGGGAUCCAAGGCCCCCCAGGACCUCCAGGUCCUGAAGGUCCCCCGGGUAUGAGUAAGGAAGGACGUCCUGGAGAGCGUGGGCAGCCCGGUAAAGAUGGAGAUCAUGGCAGUCCGGGAAUGCCAGGACCAGUUGGACCCCCUGGAAUUUGUGACCCAUCACUAUGUUUUAGUGUAAUUGUGGGGAGAGAUCCAUUUAGAAAGGGACCAAAUUAUUAA